AUGGCAUUCUAUCGCGGACCGCAGUCGCCGCGAGACGAGCAGUACAUGACGAACCCACUGUCACCACCCCAGAGAAACCCCAACCGGUGGAGCGCUAGUAUGGCAGGCACGAACGAUGUACGAGGAGCGUUGCAUAGAAGGUUUACGACCAAUACGGUACCGACGUUGUCGCCGAUCGGUCAGCAGAGAAGACAGGCUGCAGGAGAUGUACAGCAACAGCCCAAUGCUCAAAACAGAAUCGCUCCAUCUGAGCGAGCUGCUCGCCACUACGAAAAUCUCCUUCAAGCUCAGCGCAAGAUUCAAGAAGAGCUCGAAAAGGUUGACGCCGAGACUCGCCGCGAAGUUGAUGAGAACAUCCGCCACGAGCACUCAGUCACUCAGCUCUUCGCGCAGAGUGAGCCAACCACGCCGCCAGAGUACCACGUGUACCCGAACAACUUCCCAAGAACAAACCGUUACUCGACCGCUAGUUUGACGUCACCACCAGGCAUUGUCACAAGGCCGAAUCGCUCGAGCACUCAGCUCACAUCGCCAUCAGCAGGCUUCGCUCGCACUUACAACAACAGUAACGCCUCCAACCUACCCUCGCAAUCUGUUCCGGGGUCUCGACGACAAUCUGACGACGAAGAAGACGAGGCCGACUUUCUCUACAACUACGACAACAGCUUCCGUCGUGCGGCGGCGAAUCCAAACCGCAACUCUAUGCCAAUCACCUCCUACGACCGCAAGAGAAACACCACCGAGCUUGUACUUGGCCCAGUGAAUACGACCGGUUUCCUUUUUGACGAUAACGACCAACACUCAUCUCAACCAAAGUCAAACAAGACUUCGCCUCCAGAUACAAAGACAUAUCUGCAGGUUCAGCACACUGCCGACGGCUUUCCUAAGCUUAUCCGCCGCGAAGAAAACGGAGACUUGUCGGUGUCUGUGACAUCCGCAGCGCUCGACCUCGCGUCUUCUUCAGACGAGUCGGUGCAGGUUGCCGACCGAGCCACGGCUACCCGCCACCGCAUUUCCUUGCCACCAAGCGCUCUAGCCGGCAAUAUGAGCAUGCAGCCACUGAACAGCAUCCUGGCCAACGCCAACGACACCCGAUCAGCUGCGAACAACCGCCGUUCAGUCGAGGUGCACUUCUCCGCCGAAACCAAGCGCCCAACGCUGCUAGCCUCACCGCCUCGUGGCAUGACAAACGGCUCUCAGUUCUCGUCUUCUUACUCCACCAACGACCUUCCCACUAUGAAGAGCAUCAACACGGAUGCAACAGAAGGCGGUGUUUCUCUCAACUCUCCACCAGGCCAGCACAAACACCUUGCCGAUACCACUUCUCCACAACACAACGCUGCCGCACUUGCUCUGCUGUCUCCUGGCUCAAACGCUCAAACCCAAGACUUCUCGUCCCCAGGCAAGCCUGAAGGCCACGACCUUUACAAUCAAGCACAGAACGGUCUUCAAGCCAACGCCGCUCCCUUUGGCCCAACUUCUCCCGAGAACGGUUUCGCCAGUUCAAGCAUGUCUCACUACAACCAGCCAGCAGCGUACUAUGGAGGGUACGGUAUGCAGAUGAUGGGUAACGGCUUUGCCAACAUGAACAUUGGUGGUCCGAACGGCUACGGCCCACAAGGUCAGAUGCCCCAGUAUGGCAACCCUUAUCAGCAGCAAGCUGGCUUUGGUGGUUACCAGCAGUUCCAGCAGGGCGGUCAGGCUGGCCCAGGCGCAGGUCGCUUCGAGAACAACAACAACAACCGGGCCAACCCACAGCAGCGUCGUCAGGCAGCUGAAGAUGCUCAAGCAAAGUUCAACUCUAUCAAGGUCGAGCAGCUGCAGGGCGAGAUCUACACUCUCUGCAAGGACCAGCAUGGCUGUCGCUUUCUGCAGAGAAAGCUCGAGGAGCGUAGCGAGAAGACCGUCCAGAUCAUCUUUGACGAGGUCAAGACCCACAUGAUCGACUUGAUGGUCGACCCCUUCGGCAACUACUUGUGCCAGAAGCUGCUUGAGAGCACCAACGACGACCAGCGCACUGUGCUCAUCCAGAACGCCAAGCCAGCCAUGACGAAGAUCGCCGUGAACCAGCACGGCACUCGUGCCCUCCAGAAGAUGAUCGAGUACAUCUCUACUCCUGAGCAGACUGCACUCAUCAUCGAUGCUCUUCGCAACGAUGUCGUUCUCCUCAUCCAAGACCUCAACGGCAACCACGUCAUCCAGAAAUGUCUCAACCACCUGUCGUCUAUCGAUGCCGCCUUCAUCUUCAACGCUGUUGGCAACAACUGCAUCACUGUCGGCACACACCGUCACGGCUGCUGUGUUCUUCAGCGUUGCAUCGAUCAUGCCGACGGACUGCAGAAGGGCGAGAUGAUCGACCACGUCAUCCGCAACGCCUAUGCUUUGGUCCAAGAUCCUUUCGGCAACUAUGUUGUUCAGUACAUCCUCGACCUGUCCGAGCCUUGCUUCACUGAGCCACUCUGCCAAGCUUUCUUUGGCGAGAUCCCAGCUCUUUCUCGUCAGAAGUUCAGCUCGAACGUGAUCGAGAAGUGUAUUCGUUGCUCCAGCGAGGCCACCAAGCGUGGCCUUAUCACCGAGAUCAUGCCAACUCGGGUCCUCGACAAGCUUUUGAGAGACGGCUUCGCCAACUACGUCGUGCAGACCGCCAUGGACUUCGCCGAGCCAGACAUGAAGCCACUGCUCAUGGAGAAUGUGCGCAUCAUUCUUCCUGGCAUCCGCAAUACUCCCCACGGUCGCCGCAUCCAGAGCAAGCUCGCAGACUACGACAACCGUCACGUCGAUGCCGCUACCAACAACCUCUCACCGCUCGAGUCCGCAACUUCACCAGCGGCCCAAGGCCUCAUUGGCGGUAUCCAGCAGACUCCUGCUCAACCUCGGAGCAAUCGCCACGCCAUUGUCGGCGCUCCACCGACUUGGGGUGGCAACAACGGCAACAACUUUGCGCCGGGCGGUCUCGACAACGGCAACUAUGGCGGUGGCUACGCUGGCGGCGCUAACAUUGCCUCACCAACCCCACAGCGCGGUCCCGGUGGCUUUGGCAUGUUCAACGGCGAGCAAACCUAUCAGCAGAACGGCGGCUUUGCUCCCGCCUUUCAAGGUCGCCAGCCACCACCAUACGGUCACUUCUAA